AUGGAGGAAGCGCCUUUGGAGAAGAAGAAGACGCCCAGCAUCAGCGCCUGCUGGACCGGCAUGCAGGACGAACUCGAACUCCUCGACAUGAGGAUCGGACUCGCAAUGCCUGGCUUCGGCCUCAAGACGAUCACUGCGCUCCUGCCGUACACCCGCGAUCCUCCCCGCUGGGCCAAGGCCACCAUUGCAACGCUCGUGCUCGGCGCCCACCUUGCUGUGAUCUCGGUCCUCCGCACGAACACGUGGCAGUCGUGGGUUCCCGUCCUCGGCCUCGCCAUGCUCGCGGGCGGGUGUGUGCUCGGCUCCACUCACCGGUCGGCAAUCUCCGUGGGCACCGUUUCCACCGGAUUCGCGCUGCAGUUCUGGUUCGGCGUGCUCGUGACGCGGACAGACGCAGGCUCGUGGGCGCUGUCGUAUGUCUCGUGCCUGAUGACGACCCUUCUCAAGUACGCGGGGCUUGGCGCCGCCUUUGUCUUUGGCGACGACCUUCUCGCCUUCUUUGCCUUCUCCGUGCUCCCGAUCAUCCUCUACUUCUCGGCAAUCAUCUCCCUCCUCGCGUACCUCGGCGCCCUGCAGGCAGCCUUAUACACCGCACACCUCCGUAGAGCCUACACGACCACGCCUACUCUCAAUAUGUGGUGUGCGUAG